AUGCUCCUGCUCCUGCUCCUGCUCCUGCUCCUGCUCCUGCUCCCUCGCCCUCUCCUCCUCUCUCCAACUUUCGACAACUCGAUGAUGAUGCAGCAGGAUUCGAGGAUUCAGCGCGCGGUGCAGAUCCUUGUGUGCCUUAGCUUAGCGCGAGCCGUCUUGAUCGCUGUCGGCCUGUGCGUUCUCGGGGGGCUGCUUGUCUGCAUUCAAAUCCAUCGCUGGAUCUCGAGCAGGGGGGAGGCAAAGGAAACAUUGCAGCACAGGUACAACCAGGCCGUCUCAGCCGUCAGCGUGUCAGGAGAGUCGUUGGUGUACGACGCCGUCGUUGCCGCUAUCCUGAUCCUCCUGGUCCCUUGGAUGUUCGGCGUGACGAUCUUCGGAGACAACGUCCUUGCGUUGUUUUGGUGGAUGAGACCGGAGUCCCGGGAUCCGGAGGAGGAGAGGAGGAGAGUCUGCGGGAGGGCUGCAGCUGCAGGGAGGAAGUUUACAUCUCUGAUGAAGUAUGAAACGCCUACAUGA